AGUAGGAUGGAUCCUGCCGUGGCUUUUGUUCUGCAGAUCCACCCAUCCUCCUAGCAGUCAAGUACCAGGCUAUGGUUUUCUCUCUGGGGAUCUUUCUUCCGCGUUUUGCCGGUGUCUCCGAUGAGGUUUUGGCCUCGGCUGGGAUUUCACUACCUUACUUUUCGUUUGGCUUCACGCUGAAAAAAGGGAUUCCUUAUAUUUGCUCUCCACGCUUUUGGUUAUAAUCCACUGUUGGUCUAGGGGGAACAACCGUUCAGCCUGGCUGAAAAAAAGGCAUCCGUUGAAAAGUCUCAAAGAAAUAUACCACGUGAGGAAAAAAAACUGGGAGAAGAUCGGAAUAUAAUCGCUUUUUCUAUGAUAAAACUGGUGCCCCUCUUCAGGAGAACUGAUCUCAAUUUAUUAUUAUGCAACCACAAGGAUCUCUUCUUUCUCAGGGUGUAUAAGCUGCUGGAUUGCUUUUCGCCCAAAUCAAUGUGGUUUCUUUGGAACAUUUUCAGCAAAGGAUCGCAUAUGCUGCAGUGUCUUUGUGGCAAGAGUCUUAAGAAAAACAAGAACCCAACUGAUCCCCAGCUCAAGGGUAUAGUGACCAGGUUAUAUUGCAGGCAAGGCUACUACUUGCAAAUGCACCCCGAUGGAAGUCUCGAUGGAACCAAGGAUGACAGCAGUAAUUCUACUUUAUUCAACCUUAUACCAGUGGGACUUCGAGUUGUCGCUAUCCAGGGUGUAAAGACUGGGUUGUAUAUAGCCCUAAAUGGAGAAGGUUUCCUCUACACAUCAGAACUUUUUACACCAGAGUGCAAAUUCAAGGAGUCUGUUUUUGAAAAUUAUUAUGUAAUCUACUCAUCCAUGCUCUACAGACAACAGGAGUCCGGGAGGGCCUGGUUCUUGGGGCUGAACAAAGAAGGGCAGGUCAUGAAAGGAAACAGAGUGAAGAAAACAAAACCAGCAGCUCAUUUUCUACCCAAGCCAUUGGAAGUUGCCAUGUAUCGAGAACCAUCUUUGCAUGAUAUUGGAGAAACAGUGCCAAAGGCUGGGGUAACUCCAAGUAAAAGCACAAGUGCAUCUGCAAUAAUGAAUGGAGGCAAACCAGUGAACAAGAGCAAGACGACAUAGCCAGAUACUCACAGGUGUUGUGACUUUACUGAGUCCCAAGUACAGUUGAGCGAUUUAUCCUUGCCAGACUUCCCCUCGGCAGUGUCUGUGGAUCAGCUUGUGGCAAGUCACCAGCCUGCCCGUUCCUGUUCUUGAACUGAGUUGUUGCAAGUGGAUAAAUCUCAACAUGUAGCUCCACCACAACGAGAAGACACCUGGAUGAACCAGCUAAACUCAGACCAUGGAAUGCCCUACCAGAUAUUGGAAUGCCUUUUUAAUAUCUUUUCUGUGACUGUGACACUUCAUGUGAAUGACAUACUUCACAAGUACACUUGAUACCUUGCCUGCUGACAAUUGCCCAUAAUCCCUUUUUGAGUCCAGUUUCAGCAAAAUCCAUGUGUUUAAGUUCUAUUUUGUAGCACACAAAUAAUCAAGUAAUUUCUAGUUAGAUGCUGUAAACCUGUGCUAUUAUGGAUUUCUCUUCUUCCCUUUUUUAUAAGGCUGCUCGCUCCACUGUUUGUGACCUUUUGCAGGGAUUGUGUUUCUCUAUAACUUAAGUGUUGCCGGUGGCUUAGUUUUGAAAGCAAUCAGGGAAUCAGGAAGCCUUCAAAAAUCUACUAUUAAAAAUUAUAUCUAUAAA